CCAAAGCUUCUUCCAGCUCGCAUAAUCAGAAAUCAAAGGCCACCAUGUCACAGGUGGACCCUCUGAGUUUGACGCUUCUGUUCAAGAAGCACAAAACUACCGUGCUUUUAAUGCUUCCGCCCCACGAGACGAUCGCGACAGCCCAGGAGAUGCUUCUCAAAGCUCUCCAAUCGCGAGGUAUCAAGGAGAUUAACGGGGAUCAUAUACCCGAAGACUUCUCAGACAUUGAAUUUGGUGUUACGGUGGACAAGAACGACGUAGAAAAAGGAUGGUCGAAACUGGAGAUUGCGAUGCCGGAACUCGAGAACAGCGGAACAUCCAAACGAGGUGCUGGAAAGCGGACCAGUUUGAAAGCAGCAGAUAUACGGAAUGGACAAGUGAUCGCUUUCAGGUUUCGAAAGCCCCGUGAGCAACCCGAGAGAGAUGGCGACCUCGACAUUGACCUCGAGUUGGAGGAUCCUGGCUGGGACGUCGUUGUUCCAAGCCUUGAUGACGAGGAGGGAGAACCCAAUUAGCCAGGAAAGCGGUGGAGACUACUGCAUUUCGUCUGCUUCUUGCUUUUGGCGCUCGGCUGGGAUUAUGGGUCUACAAUGGUGUUCAUACGAUGCUUUGUACUAGAAGAUGGCAGGGCUUAUCUUCUUAUUUUAUGACGGACUUGAACCGUCCAGAAACGGAUACUGCAACAUGACGAUUGAAUGAAUGUGUGCCGC